CGUGGUUAUAGUUUUUUCCUCUCUCUCUCCUUCUCUCUGUCUCUCUUCUCUCGAGCGGCAACAAAAGGAGGAUAGGAAGCGGAGAGGGAGAAAACACGAGAGGGUUUCGAGGAGGAAGAAGAAGAGAGAGAGAGAGAUGGAUCCAGAUGCGUUGGCGAAGGCGUUCGUGGAGCACUACUACUCCACCUUCGACGCGAAUCGGGCUGGAUUGGCGAGUCUUUAUCAGGAAGGAUCCAUGUUGACCUUCGAAGGUCAGAAGAUCCAAGGCGCUCAGAACAUCGUGGCCAAGCUCACCAGCCUCCCCUUUCAGCAGUGCAAGCACAACAUCACCACCGUCGAUUGCCAGCCCUCCGGCCCCGCCGGCGGCAUGCUCGUUUUCGUCUCCGGUAAUCUCCAGCUCGCCGGCGAACAGCACGCCCUUCGGUUCAGCCAGAUGUUCCAUUUGAUGCCGACACCACAGGGAAGCUUCUACGUGUUCAACGACAUAUUCAGGUUGAACUACGCCUGAUGGAGCAAGUGCUAGCUGAUUGGUAUAUGCUCUCUCAAACACUUCAAGGAACGGUGGAAGUUCCGGGCUGCUUAUAACCGAUCAAUUUCGGUCGUUUUUCGGGUUUGGAAACGGAGUCUUGUUUUUGCUUGUUUACUACAUCAUUGACGGGUGUCUGUCACGUUAUCGCGUUCCCAAAAGUAGAGGACGAAUCCGUGUCUUGUGAUUGUUUCUUGGUCGAGUUGCUGAAUCGACUCGUGUUUUCAGGGGCUAUAUGAAUCGCGUUUGCAUUGUAUGUCUCGCCUUUUUUUAUAACUAAAAUUGUGAGCAUUCUCUCUA